CUGACCCAUACCCUCCUCCACACCCACCUUCCUUUCUCGCCCCCUCCCUCUUCUCUGCACCCGGGCUCGGGCUCCGUAUAAAAGGCGGGAGAGCGCGCCCGGCCUCAGCGCGGAGUUUCAGCACCAUGGAGAGCUCCCGCCUGCGCCUGCUGCCGCUGCUGGCUGCCGCCCUGUUGCUGCUGCUGCCGCUGCUGGGCGCGCGAGCCCAGGAGGACGUCGAGCUCCAGCCGCGGGCCCUGGACAUCUACUCCGCCAUGGAGGACCCCUCCCAUGAGAAGGAGCUGAUCGAAGCGCUGCAGGAAGUCCUGAAGAGGCUGAAGAGUAAACGCAUUCCAGUCUAUGAGAAGAAGUAUGGCCAAGUCCCCAUGUGUGAUGCUGGUGAGCAGUGCGCAGUGCGAAAGGGAGCCAGGAUUGGCAAGCUGUGUGACUGUCCUCGAGGAACCUCCUGCAACUCUUUCCUCCUGAAGUGCUUAUGAGGGACCCACCCUCCUCCAGCACCCCCCUGUUCUUCCCCUCCCAGGGAAGGACUGCAUCUUCAUCUGGUGUAUGGCUUUUGCAACUAACUUUGCCUUUCCCUCCCUGAGCAGUUUCUGAAUAUAAGAACACCUUAGAUGUCGCUGUGUGAUGCCUUGUAUGUCAUUGACCAGUGUGCAAAAUAGUUCUUCCUUCUAUUGGUCUGACAAACACCUAUAUCUCUGUGUGAUGAAGGGAAACUGUGCUUUGAAAAUGGCAUUUUGCUAUGUCAGGAUGAAAUUCAGCUCUUGUAAAUCUUGGUAGAUGACAUCUCAACCUGCAAAUUACCCCCAAGCAACACAAACUGAAGCAUGUACAAAUGAUACCUAAUAAAGUGUUUUUAUUAAUUGC